CGCAGGCGUAUACUACGAUCUUUCUUGGCAGCGGUUUAUCUUUUAAGCCAAAACAAGAUUUUGCGAACUCAUCUUUUGUAAGGCUGUUCCCUAGUUUUCUUAUUUCUUUCGCCCUCUCCGUUGAAAGAGAACGGUGCUAUGGCAGAACAAAACCCUCAUUUUAAUAGAAUUUUAGAUCAAAUCAGAGACAAAUUACGUGCUGAAAACAUAAAGCUGUGGCUUCCACCUUACACUGUCUCAAACGACCUUCCAGGAAUCUACCCGGAGGAAUUAAUAAACCAGUAUUCUGAAGCUCUAAAUGAAUCUGCAGAAGAAAUUUUUGAAGCACUAGAACAGUUAAGAAUUCGUGCUGUGACAAAGCUUCAGACAGAGCAAAGGUUUGCUAAAUCAGGAAUUGCAACCAUCAAGGUUCACUUUACUGGCAGUAUUCCUCAAGGGAUAAACAACAGAUUGCAAAUACAAACUGGUUUACAUGUUACAGGGGAAGAUUUUAGAAGAAGCUUGAAAAAAGAAACUGGUCUGGAUGCUGAAAAAAUGAAACUUAUAUGUAAAGGACAUGUUAUAUGUGAUGACAAAUCUCUUGAGAGUCAGAAUUUGAAGAACAACAGUCAGAUCAUGGUGCUUCUGUUGUCAAAGUCAAGUGCUGAAAUGGAGAAUCAGUGGCAAGGGAAGGAUGAGGCAAGAGAAAAUGUGUCCAGAACUAGACAAGCUGCUGAGGCAUUGUCAAAUAGACAAGACAAUCUUAAAGAUGACAGGUUUUUCCUGGAGAUUAGUGAUCAAGAAGGUCGUCCAAUUCAGCUGCCUGAAAAUGAAAGAAAGGCUUUGGCUCUGGCUCUUACCUUGCACGAAAAAGGACGAAGUGUUCUUAAAAAGAGAAACUACCCUGAGGCUCUUUUAUUACUCCUUGAGGCAGAAAAGGAAUUCAGUCAUUGCAGGGCUCAGAUUCUUACUGCUGUUGAUAAUUAUGGUAUCCUUUGUCUGGACAUUGUCUGGUGUUACUUUUGGCUUAAGAGUAUUGUCGAUUUACCUAAUGCAGAGGAAAAAUUGAAGAAGUGCAAGGAAUGUUUUGAAAGAAGCUAUGGCCAAAACCUUGAGAGGCUGACUGUUGUUAGGGGUAGUAGUGGUGGUGAAUUGGCCCUUUUUGUGCGCCUGUAUGUGCUGGAGGCUGUUUGUGCAUAUCAUAAAGGAGAUAUUUUCGGUACAGCAAAAUGUUUGGAUAAGGCGGAAGAUUUACAAAGUAAGCUGCAUAUCAACAAAGAUCAAUUAAACCAGAUGUUGAUGAUGGGUUUUACAGAAUCUGAAGCUCGUCUCGGUUUAAGAGCUUGCCAAGGGGACACCACCCUGGCUAUUGAUUAUAUCACAACGAAGAGACAGGAGAAAAAAGAAAGAAGGAAGAAAGAGGUCGAAGAGAGAAAGAAAAAACGACUGGAAAGAAAAUUAGGGAAGACUGGAACAGGAGAAUGGGUCAAUGUAGAUUCUUAUAAAUUCCUUGUGGAGAUGGGUUUUUCCAGCUGCAUGGCCACGCAGGCCUUGAAACAGGCGAACAAUGAUAUCAAUAAUGCGCUGCAGGCUCUUCAAGAUAAUCCAGAUUUACUUGAUAUUCCUGGCAAAAGGUCCAGAUCAUCCUUCAGUGAAUCUGAUCUCUCUGAUGAACAAGUUGCUCAGGUCUUGUCCAUGGGUUUCCCAGUCGAGUCUAGUAAGGAAGCCCUAAUGCGUUGUCUUGGUGAUGUUCAGCAAGCUAUAAAUAUGUUGCUGUCGACCGAAGGAGUUCUUCCUUCCUUGUCACUACAGGCUGUUCAAGGCAACGGCUCAGAAAGCGAAGAUGAAGAGGACCAAGAUCCAGAUGUUGAAGAAGCUGUUAAUGAAUUAGUGCCAGUCCUCGCUACUGAAGAUGAUGAAUCUUAUUUGAACAUGUCACUGGAGGAAGAAACAUCUAUUAUUGUCGAAUACAGGACAAUGAUUUUAUCUUCUGGCUACAAUGCAAAUUCUGCUUCAUUUAAAUCCUAAUUCCGAAUAACUCUCUUAAACCUCUCUUUUGAAGUUUUAUCCAAUCGCGGCCUUUAUAUUGCUAGGUAGAGUAAACGUGAGAUUUAAGUUACAUGCUUAUCUUCGCUUCGAUUAUAAAAACUUGUAUUUAAGCGUGCUGGCCUGAAACCUACUUUUAACAUAAUAGCGGAGCUCGCAGAGCGUAGCCCCAUAAUUAUACCAAAUACUAGUAACCCAUCAAGCCGAAAAAAUUUGGACUUACGACCCUACGACCGUACAAGAUGCUACUUUUAACAUGCGUGGUCAACUGUACCGCGGGCAUACCAACGCCACGGCUUUGUCCAGUAGUCUAGUGGCCAGUGCAUUUAGCUCCGAGUCGGAUGACCCGGGUUCUAGUCCUGGCCGGGGCAAGGCGUUAUGCCCUUAAGACAUGCGGGGGGAAAAUGCGAGCUCUGCUUCUAAAUCUAUAUAUUAUGGUCGAACUAAUUUAACAAAAAAAAAAUUAUUGCCGUGCUAAACAUUUACCAUGUUUCUUAUACUAUUUACAAACAUGACACGAUCGAAAUUGUCGAUCUUAGCUAUACAGGACGCGUGUCAUGUGUGAACUUCGUGGAUCAAUAUUUGUUCCUGGGAAACCGAGCUCGACAUCGAUACCAACGAUGAGUAAUUCGUAAGUCUUUGUUAGGAAGUGGGGGAAAUGUAUUGGAAAGAUAAAUUAUCCCAUUCUAACGUUUUUCGUUGAAGCGUUUCUCUUGCUCCAAGAUAGGGACGCUCUUCCUUUCGCUCGCGCGCGUUCCGGCUUUCUCUUCAACACUUAGAAGGGUCAGAUUCAACAAUUUGCAUUGAGAUGUUACUUUAAACUUUAACUGUAAUUUUUUAGAAGGGUUUUCAUCAUUUCACAUGAAACAGCUCAAGAAAAAAGCCCCUGAUAUUGUCAUACCGUUAA